AUGGAAGAACUUUGAGUGAAAGACAGAUGAGCUCUGCUUCAGCAUGGAUGCUAUUAUGGUUGACGGGGAGCCUGAUAAAGCUUCACAUCAUGGUGAGAUCAGAGACUCUCAGGGACCCUCAACUGUGGUAACAAACAAUGAUGAGUCUCAUGUGCUGACUCCAGGAAAGAUGAGCCAGCGUCAGGGAAAAGAAGGGUAUCUUACUCCAACCAAAGAACUAUUCCAGCCAUCACUCAGUCCAGGAACAGCCCAUAGCCAUGCCAUCUCAAUUUGUCUUGAAGGUUUUGACAGAGGAAAGGAGGACACAUUGCAGAGUAAAGAUGAUUCCACACAGUCAAUGUCAAAAAGCAAGUCAGAAUCUAAGCUUUAUAAUGGCUCUGAGAAGGAGAUUGCAGCCGCCACCACCUCUUCCUCUACAAUCAAACUUACAAAGAAGGAGUCUCUUAAGGUUCAAAAGAAAAAUUACAGGGAAGAGAAGAAAAGAGCCACAAAAGAAUUACUGAGCACAAUUACAGACCCAUCAGUUAUAGUUAUGGCUGACUGGUUGAAGAUCCGUGGUACACUGAAAAGCUGGACCAAACUUUGGUGUGUGCUGAAACCUGGAGUAUUGCUCAUUUAUAAAACCCCUAAAAAUGGCCAGUGGGUGGGAACAGUACUUCUGAACGCUUGUGAACUCAUUGAACGGCCUUCGAAAAAGGAUGGAUUUUGUUUCAAACUUUUCCAUCCUUUGGAGCAAUCUAUCUGGGCUGUUAAAGGACCUAAAGGUGAAGCUGUUGGCUCGAUAACACAGCCAUUACCCAGCAGUUACUUGAUCAUCCGAGCAGCUUCAGAAUCAGAUGGUAGGUGUUGGAUGGAUGCAUUGGAACUAGCUUUGAAAUGUUCAAGUUUGCUGAAGCGUACUAUGAUUAGAGAAGGCAAAGAACAUGAGCUGAACUCAUCAACAGACGUUCCACACGUCUCUCUCUAUGGCCUCUUGCGUGCAAACAAUGUACAUAGCGGUGAAAACUUCCCGUUAAAUGACAGUGAAAUGGAAAGGCAUCAUUUUAAAGAUCCAGAUUUGUAUUCUGAUAAAUCAGAUAAGGAAAAUGAUCAUGAUCGUGAUGAGUCAGACAAUGAUGGCUUGGGGGAAAGUGACUCUGACACUUCAGAACGACAGGAUGACUCAUACAUUGACCCGGAACCUGAUCAUGUCAAGGAAACAACUUAUUUGGAAGAGGCUCAUGAAGAACUUGGGGAGGCAGGGGAAGCAUCUCAAACUGAAACUGUAUCAGAAGAGAACAAGAGUUUGAUCUGGACAUUACUAAAGCAAGUACGUCCAGGAAUGGACCUCUCCAAGGUGGUGCUACCUACAUUUAUUUUGGAAACACGUUCUUUCUUGGACAAACUCUCUGACUAUUACUAUCAUGCAGACUUCUUAUCUGAGGCUGCCCUUGAAGAGAAUGCUUACAAACGUAUGAAGCAAGUUGUGAAAUGGUAUUUGUCAGGAUUCUACAAGAAGCCAAAGGGACUAAAAAAACCCUAUAAUCCUAUACUUGGUGAGACCUUCCGUUGUUUGUGGAUUCAUCCAAGGACCAAUAGCAAGACUUUUUAUAUUGCUGAACAGGUGUCUCAUCAUCCUCCAAUAUCUGCCUUCUAUGUAAGCAACCGAAAAGAUGGAUUUUGCCUUAGUGGUAAUAUUUUGGCCAAAUCCAAAUUUUAUGGAAAUUCUUUAUCUGCCAUUCUGGAUGGUGAAGGUCGACUGAUGUUCCUAAAUAGAGGAGAGGAAUAUGUAAUGACAAUGCCAUAUGCACAUUGUAAAGGAAUUCUGUAUGGAACAAUGACUUUAGAGCUUGGGGGAACAGUCAGCAUUGCAUGUGAAAAAACUGGGUACAGUGCUGCCCUUGAAUUCAAACUAAAGCCAUUUUUAGGCAACAAUGACAGUGUUAAUCAAAUACUGGGGAAAAUUAAACUAGGCAAAGAAGUUUUGGCUACUCUAGAGGGCCAUUGGGACAGUGAAGUUAUUAUUAGGGAUAAAAAGACAGAUGUUUCAGAGACAUUCUGGAAUCCAACACCUGAAAUCAGACAGCACAGAUUAAGAAGAUACACAGUGAAGUUUGAGGAGCAAAGUGACUUUGAAUCAGAGAAACUUUGGCAACAUGUGACCCGUGCUAUAAAUAACAAAGACCAAGAAGAAGCAACGCAGGAGAAAUGUGUUUUGGAGGAAGCUCAGAGAAAAGCUGCCAAAGAAAGGAAAAACCACGAUGAAGAGUGGAUAUGCAGACUUUUUGAGCAAGAUUCACUCACAGGAGAAUGGAAUUACAAAUAUGCAGAUACAAGACCAUGGGAUCCACUCAACGAUAUGAUACAGUUCGAAAAAGACGGUGCCAUUCAGACAAAAGUUAGACAUCGGACACCAAUGGUUAGUGUUGCGAAAAUUAAGAGGUCUGCUACGUCAAAGAAGGGAGAGUGUGGCUUCUCUUCACCAGAACCUGAUAAUCAGGACUCCUCUGGAAGUGAAGCACAACUGAAGCACAGUACAAGAAUCCGGAAGAAAAUGGUAGACCUUGGAGAACUGCAAAGUGCCAUUGAAUCUAUACGGGAGACUCAGGAAGAAAUUAGAAGGGACAUCACGGCUCUGCGAACCCGAAUGACUUCAAGCUCACCAACUCAAGAUAAUUUUUUUCAGUUCAAGCAUUAUGUCUUCAUUUUGCUCAUGAUUCUCCUGCAGCUUAUCAUUAAUUACUGGUUUAAAUAGAAUGCCUGGGUAGAAGAAUACAUAGGAUGGGAAUGAUUAUACUCUUCUGGGACCAUAUUUUAAGCUUGGAUUGACUUCAAAUUAUGCAAUAUUAUCCAAAAGAGAAAAGACCAGAGAGUAAGAUUUAGGCCUUUGUUUUAAACAGUUGUGCUCACAUGGAGCAACAUCUGUUAAUAUUCCGUCCUAGCCAGAUAACAUGGACAAUACAUAUGUGCCAGUAAUUUACUCUUUGUGACUGUCAAAUGCCGGAUACCUGCCUUGCAUAUUGCAGUAUGUUGUAUGCUACAGUGAUAUACACCAGUGCAGAAACUGUCAGAUUGGUAAUUCAAAGACAUCCCCACCAGUGAUGUUGACAACACUAAGUUUAAUAGAAACUGUGAUGCCGGUUCAUUAGGAAAUGUGUGGUGAUGUCAACUUGAGCUAUUCAGUCUUAGAGAGAAUAAUUUUUUCAGCUGGUCAUUGCCAUUAAAAGGCAGUAGAUUACCAGUCCUGUCAGCGUUUCAGAAAUCCUGUGACAUUUCAGUAACUUGCUCCUUAGCUGUGGUUAUCCUUUAUGAAAAUUAACUUCUGUUGGUAGUACUAACUGGUUCAGAAGAUGCAACAAAAUGACAGUUUGGAAAAGCUUGCUGAUAGGUUUGUGAGCCCAGUAGCACUUUUAUCCACUUCUUUCUAAACAUCAGUUCCUCAUGACAAAUUUAAAACUUUUUUAAAAAAUCUGGACUCUUCAGAGACAGUUUACAAUUAAAUGUAGGGACAUAGAUGUAGUGGCUUCAGUUUGGGUGGAGCAAGGAUAAGCUCUGUUGGGUGACAAGAGUUUCUGGAUAGUACAUGAAACUCUUGCUAACUUUAAACAGCUUUAUACAUUCAAUAUGAACAAGGGGCUUACCAGGCCACUGUCAGCCAUAUGAAGGUAAUUAUUUCUUUAUUGCUGUGCUUUUAAUAUACAGCUUAACUUCAGGAACGGCUUCCAGUGGCAGUUAGUUUGCCACUGCAUGCCCAGUUACUAACAAUUGCUUUGACUUGUCUGAGGUCAUAACAAACCAGCUUGUUCUUAAGAGGCGGAAAUACAGAUUUGCUGUUAUAGACACUUCUGUAACUGAAAACACAUCUUAGGAAAUCCAACUGGAUUGUUUAAAAAAUUAAAUUCCAAAAAACAAAUCAGUGUAAACCCAAGUGCUAUUCCUACUACCUUGUUUGUCCACAUGGUAUAUAUAUUAAUUUUUGAUGCAUGGCGAAUAACAGGUAGUUCAUAUUUGUUAUUCAUGUACUUGCAUAGUGUAUAUAAUCCUUCUCACUAAAAUGUGUAUGUUGUACAGUUGGUCAGUUUAAAAUCAAAUCAUUUUACCUAAAGUGGAGUAUAUAGCAAUAGAAAUAAUAAUGUAGUUAGAGGUGUCUUUCUUGAUUCAUAUUUGCCUAUUCAAGCCUGUCUUCUAAUCUUACCUGUUUAUACUGCCUUGUAGAUGUCUUGCCAAAACUUUCUCUUUAAGGAUCAUCUGUAAAUACACAAAGCAACUGACUUUCAACAUGGCAGGCUAUGAUGGGGUUUCCAAGGUGCCAUGCAAGCAGAGAUUUAACAUGGUUGUACAUUUCAAUCGAUGCAGCCAUGAUCCAGAUGCUUUGCAGAGGGGCUGAGAUACUGUCCAUACUUGAUGAUAUAUUGAUGGGGGAAAAGAGGAUAGCAUAUUGAGUUAGCAAAAGAUUUGGGCAACAUUAGCACCAACAGAUAGCUAGCUAUAAGAUGAACAGAUUUGUCUUUCAAUUUCAUACUGAUUUGUAAAGACUUGGAAAAUUGGCAGUACAUACUGAAAAAACCAUUGGUCAAAACUGUUACAUUUUACUUUCCUGCAAAAGACUGUGACCCCCUUUGCAAAUGUAGAGGCACACUGUGUUCUCUUUCUGCCUGCUUGCUCAUAUGUUUUACUUAAUUCUUGUAUGAGAUGGAGCUCCAAAAUGUAUUCAGUUGCUUUCUUCUUUCAGGUGUUUCUAUUUUAGGAAGCUUUUUAGUCACAGUUAAAUCACAGCAGUCUAAUCUAGUCCUGUUUCAAAUACAGAAAAGCACAGCUCUUAAAAGCCUGAAUUCCUACUUUGCUCCUUUAUAUUAAUUCCUCAUGUGAGCAGAAAAAAGGAAUUUAUUGCCUGAGUACUUUUUAUAUGAUUGAUUGUGGGUCUAGUUUAUGAAAUGUUUCUUCAUAUAUGAUAUUUAGCCAUGUGUAUAUGAUCUUAAAUUCUUUCAGGUAGACUGUUUUCCACAUAUAGAUGUCUAAAAAAUAAAACUGUGACUGUACAGUUCAUAGGAUUUUGAGGGAGGUAGCUUCCCUGCUGACUCUUCGCAUUUAAAACCAAGCACUUGCUUUCUCACUUUUAUUUUUUGUUCUUCCUUGUACAUAAAUAGAAAAUACUCAUAACUGCUUGUUGUUGCCAUGUUUAUGGCUAUAUAUUUAAAAUAAAUGCACUAUAAGCCUUUAAUAUGCCAUGUAACCAUUAACCUAUCUAAAAUUCAAGUUAAUUUAAGUAUGUUGUGUGUGAAGAAGAAACUAGACUUCUGGCAAUACAUAAUGUUUCUUGUAUUCCGUACGUUGGUUUAAUUCAACUGUUAGAGAUCCCUUAUAAGGGUACAGCAUGCUUGCUUUUUUAUUAAAGGUUCGUUCUGACAGCGUACCUGUACAAUGAAUCAAAUACUUUAACACUUCACUGCCCUCCUGUGCCUUUGGAAAAAUCUUCUUGCCAAUUCAAAGUUAAUGAAAUAAAAUGAGAAUUAAAUACGUUUGUCUUGUCUACCUUGAUAGUAGCCUUUUGCUUUUCAAGGCUCUUGCUCCUUCGUGCUUUUUAUCCUGUUGUAAAUAAAACACCUAACUGCUGUACUCUUAUAAGAGUGACUACUGUGUUUCAACUUGUACUCUCGGUUCUGGGGUGUCUUUGAAGAGUAGGCCAUCAGAUACUUGAGUAUUGUAACAGUGCCUUGAUGGAGCUCACACAGGAGGUGUGUGUAUAUAUAAAGAUGCUGUCAAGCUUGUGCCAUAUCUGUUCAUCAACCUCCGUGGAAACUGUUAUUUCCAAUAUUAUCAGUUAAACCUUUCCAAAAAGAUGUGGUAGGGUGUCCCCCCCCCCCAGUAAUUAGUAAUGGCUGAAUCCAACAUGAUCUCCAAAUUAUGGAGUGUGUAUUUUUGUAUAGUGAAGCUGCAAUGCUUUGUUUGUGAUACUACAGAAAUAGCCAUAAUAAAACCAUAACAUCACAGACAGAUUAUUUUGGCUUCACUUUGUUUUCUGUAAGAAAAUCAAUUGUGAACAAACGUGUGUGUGGGAUGAGGGGAGAAGAAUGACUCUGAAGAGUGAAAGACAGUAAGGUAGUUCAACGACUGCUGAAACUUGGGGAAAUUAUUACUUCUACCCUAAUCAAAUAGCUUCCUUGAACCAAGAAGCACAUUUAAGGAGUUUAAAAUUUCUAUGCUUUGGCUAAAACUUGGAAACCACUUUUUAAAAUGUAUAGCCUUCCACUAUUCUUGAACUCCACAUUAUUGAAUUUCACACAGUUCCCUCAAAUGUAUUUUUAUCCUCCCCCCUUCCUUUUUUAAAAACUUUUGCUUGGAGUUUUGUACUGUUACAUAUUUUUUAACUGAAAAUGGGCUGUUGUACUAAAACUGUACAGGACCAGUGUUCAAUGCAUACAAUAUAUGUAAAAGUCAGAAGUUAAGACAUAAGAUGAAUGUGAAUGCACUUAUUUAAAUAUAUGUUGGAAAACUGAUUCCUGUAAGUUUUAUGUCUGCAUAUCAUGUAAAAUAGCAUUGACCGUCACAUUAUUGCACUGUGGUGUGUUUUUGUUUGUUUAAAUCAUGCUGCCUGCAGUAUGAUAAGAAAAACCAGUAAUUUAUUUGAAAGAACUGGAAAUUGUGUGUCGCAUGCAUAAUUGUACAGUUGAGUCAACAACUUAACUAAAAGGCCAUUUGUAAAUUAAAGUAGUACCACUGGUCAUAGUUUUGUACAAUAAAAAAACCAGAAUAAAA